UUCAAGCUGAAGGAUUUCCUCCAUGACAAUGAGACCCUGUCCACUUUCCUUUUGCGAAACGCCUCCUUCUCGGAACACGCCGUGCACCAGAUAAUUGAGGCCGACGUGAACUUGGAGAAGGUAAGAGAUAAAAUACCACCCUCCCAAAGUUAUAUGAGGCAUAGGCCUAUUACUAUGGUCAGUUCAGUCGAUCACGGACACUAUUAGAAGCAGUGUAGUAGUUGUUGAACAUUCCCAUUAGCAGAUAUAGAACCGGUCAGUAGCGUUUCUGGGUUAGAUUUGAUGGAGCACCUGUGAGUUAAUUAAGUCUGUGGCUCUUUAUUUCAGGGACAUAAAUCUUUAGAGAGAGGGGGAGAUUUCUAAAGGUCUGCUGCUGUGUUUGAAUGAAAGUAAUGUGAUGAAGCAGGGAAUAUCCCAAAGGGCUAGUACUGUAACCUUCACCACUGGAGAAUCUUUACUACAAGACAUCCUCUUCGACUCUGUCUUUGUUCUCUCCUCAAAAACAUGAAGAUAUAUUUGUUUUCUUUCACAGUUUUAGAAACUGCCAUCUGGUUUUACUAUUCUCUUUUUCCCCCCAUUUGAGAUCUUUUAAAGGCUCAAGGUCUCCUGUUAUGGUUUCCCACUGUAGGCCUAUGUGGAAAUAAUUUAAACUAGGCCUUAUUCUUUAGCUAAAUGGAUUACAACAAUUUGAUACUGAUAAUGCCCUCACAUUACACACACAAUCCAGCAGCAACAUAAAGCAAUGGGAAUCUAGAUACAGUAUGGAAACAAUUAAGGUCCUAAUAUUGCUCCGUGGGAUCCACCCCCGAGAUAACAACAUGCACGCAACUCCAAAGUCACAUGGCCUCAUCCAUGUGUGUUUCUCAACUCUGUACUUUCAGUACCCCCAAGAUUACGUGUUUCAAAUUUUGUUCUAACCCUGCACGAGCACAUCUGCUUAGAUGAAUGAAAACCUUGGGGGGUUGAGAAAUACUGUUCUCUGCCUGUCCUUAGUCAUUGCUACAUUACCCAUCGACCCUUCUCCCCCUCCCUCUCCAGGUGCUGGUCAAAGGCUUCGGUGUCCACCUGAGGGACAUGUGCAAAAGCAACGGCACCAGUCUGGAGGACUUUGUGACCAUCACAGACAGCGAGGUGUCCAGUCUGGUCCAGGAGAUCCUCUGCAGGUCCCCAGGCUCCUGGCUCAACCAAGCAGAAAGCCACUUCCUCAACAACCUGGACUUCCUCAAACCCAUACGGGUAAGCACAAAUGGGCUCUAGGCACAAUGUGGUAUCAUAUGUAUAUAUAUAUAUAUAUGAUAUACAGUGGGGAAAAAAGUAUUUAGUCAGCCACCAAUUGUGCAUGUUCUCCACUUAAAAAGAUGAGAGAGGCCUGUAAUUUUCAUCAUAGGUACACGUCAACUAUGACAGACAAAAUGAGAAAAAAAAAUCAAGAAAAUCACAUUGUAGGAUUUUUUAUGAAUUUAUUUGCAAAUUAUGGUGGGAAAAAUAAGUUUGGUCAAUAAAGUUUCUCAAUACUUUGUUAUAUACCCUUGUUGGCAAUGACACAGGUCAAACGUUUUCUGUAAGUCUUCACAAGGUUUUCACACACUGUUGCGGGUAUUUUGGCCCAUUCCUCCAUGCAGAUCUCCUCUAGAGCAGUGAUGUUUUGGGGCUGUAGCUGGGCAACACAGACUUCAACUCCCUCCAAAGAUUUUCUAUGGGGUUGAGAUCUGGAGGACUGGCUAGGCCACUCCAGGACCUUGAAAUGCUUCUUACGAAGCCACUCCUUCGUUGCCCGGGCGGUGUGUUUGGGAUCAUUGUCAUGCUGAAAGACCCAGCCACGUUUCAUCUUCAAUGCCCUUGCUGAUGGAAGGAGGUUUUCACUCAAAAUCUCACGAUACAUGGCCCCAUUCAUUCUUUCCUUUACACGGAUCAGUCGUCCUGGUCCCUUUGCAGAAAAACAGCCCCAAAGCAUGAUGUUUCCACCCCCAUGCUUCACAGUAGGUAUGGUGUUCUUUGGAUGCAACUCAGCAUUCUUUGUCCUCCAAACACGACGAGUUGAGUUUUUACCAAAAAGUUCUAUUUUGGUUUCAUCUGACCAUAUGACAUUCUCCCAAUCCUCUUCUGGAUCAUCCAAAUGCACUCUAGCAAACUUCAGACGGGCCUGGACAUGUACUGGCUUAAGUAGGGGGACACUCAGGAUUUGAGUCCCUGGCGGCGUAGUGUGUUACUGAUGGUAGGCUUUGUUACUUUGGUCCCAGUUCUCUGCAGGUCAUUCACUAGGUCCCCCCGUGUGGUUCUGGGAUUUUUGCUCACCGUUCUUGUGAUCAUUUUGACCCCACGGGGUGAGAUCUUGCGUGGAGCCCCAGAUCGAGGGAGAUUAUCAGUGGUCUUGUAUGUAUUCCAUUUCCUAAUAAUUGCUCCCACAGUUGAUUUCUUCAAACCAAGCUGCUUACCUAUUGCAGAUUCAGUCUUCCCGGCCUGGUGCAGGUCUACAAUUUUGUUUCUGGUGUCCUUUGACAGCUCUUUGGUCUUGGCCAUAGUGGAGUUUGGAGUGUGACUGUUUGAGGUUGUGGACAGGUGUAUUUUAUACUGAUAACAAGUUCAAACAGGUCCAUUAAUACAGGUAACGAGUGGAGGACAGAGGAGCCUCUUAAAGAAGAAGUUACAGGUCUGUGAGAGCCAGAAAUCUUGCUUGUUUGUAGGUGACCAAAUACUUAUUUUCCACCAUAAUUUGCAAAUAAAUUAAUUAAAAAUCCUACAAUGUGAUUUUCUGGAUUUUUUUUUCUCAAUUUGUCUGUCAUAGUUGACGUGUACCUAUUAUGAAAAUUACAGGCCUCUCUCAUCUUUUUAAGUGGGAGAACUUGCACAAUUGGUGGCUGACUAAAUACUUUUUUUCCCCACUGUAUAUAUGUAUAAUGUGGUAUAAAUGAGGUUUCUUAAUACCGUUCUUAAGUCUAUUUCUUAAUUCCAUUAUUUUACUUUUUAGAUUUGUGUGUAUUGUUGUGUAUUGUUAGAUAUUACUGUACUGUUGGAGCUAGGAACACAAGCAUUUUGCUGCACCCGCAAUAACAUCUGCUAAAUAUGUGUAUGCGAUCAAUACGAUUUGAUUUGAGGUAGAAGUUACACUGAUCUACAGUCAGAUGGUCAGUUUUAGCAUAGAAAUGUCAGAAGAUGCCAUUACGAACUUUACACACCACAUAAGAGACGUUCCUCCCGUCAGAAGUGAUCCACGUCUUUUCUAGGUUAUUGCCACCCAGGGCUCUAAGGUCGCAUAUGCUCCUAAAUACUUUGCUGUGCGACCUGACAUUUUAAUAUGAGAGCACCAGUUUGACUACAAAAGAAAUCACCCAGAAUAAUUAUUGUGAUGAUUAGACUUUUCUGUACUGCUGCCUCCGAGUGCCAUACUCCGCGGGGCCGGAGAGCAAAUCAAGUGCACCUAUAGGCCUACGGCUGGCCAAUCGAGCGCACAGCAAAGUUGAUAGUGUGAGAUUUCAAAACUUUAAAAUCAUGAUAAGAGAGAUUGUCAACAAAUACAGCAAAGCUGUUUUUAUGAGUGAGUUCAUGUUUACAUUUUUAUGUGGAAUAGACACCGGCUGGAAUGCGGUUUUAACCAAUCAGCAUUCAAAUCAAAUCAAAUCAAAUUUUAUUUGCCACAUUCGCCGAAUACAACAGGUGUAGACCUUACAGUGAAAUGCUUACUUACAAGCCCUUAACCAACAAUGCAGUUUUAAGAAAAUAAAAAAAAGUGUUAAGUAAAAAAUAGAUAAGUAAAAAAUUAAAAUAGCAAAUAAUUAAAGAGCAGCAGUAAAAUAAAAUAACAGUAGGGAGGCUAUAUACAGGGGGUACCGGUACAGAGUCAAUGUGCGGGGGCACCGGUUAGUCAAGGUAAUUUUGGUAAUAUGUACAUGUGGGUAGAGUUAAAGUGACUAUGCAUAGAUAAUAAACAGAGUAGCAGCAGCAUAAAAGAGGGUGUGUGUGUGAGGUGGGGGACCAAUGUAAAUAGUCUGGGUAGCCAUGAUUAGUUGUUCAGGAGUCUUAUGGCUUGGGGGUAGAAGCUGUUAAGAAGCCUUUUGGACCUAGACUUGGCGCUCCGGUACCGCUUGCCAUGCGGUAGCAGAGAGAACAGUCUAUGACUAGGGUGGCUGGAGUCUUUGACCAUUUUUAGGGCCUUCCUCUGACACAGCCUGGUAUAGAGGUCCUGGAUGGCAGGAAGCUUGUUCCCAGUGAUGUACUGGGCCGUACGCACUACCCUCUGUAGUGCCUUGCGGUCGGAGGCCGAGCAGUUACCAUACCAGGCAGUGAUGCAACUAGUCAGGAUACUCUCGAGGGUGCAGCUGUAGAACCUUUUGAGGAUCUGAGGACCCCAUGCCAAAUCUUUUCAGUCUCCUGAGGGGGAAUAGACUUUGUCGUGCCCUCUUCACGACUGUCUUGGUGUGUUUGGACCAUGAUAGUUUGUUGGUGAUGUGGACACCAAGGAACUUGAAGCUCUCAACCUGUUCCACUACAGCCCCAUCGAUGAGAAUGGGGGCGUGCUCAGUCCUGUAGUCCACAGUCAUCUCCUUUGUCUUGAUCACGUUGAGGGAAAGGUUGUUAUCCUGGCACCACACGGCCAGAUCUCUGACCUCCUCCCUAUAGGCUGUUUCAUCGUUGUCGGUGAUCAGGCCUACCACUGUUGUGUCGUCUGCAAACGUAAUGAUGGUGUUGGAGUCGUGCCUGGCCAUGCAGUCAUGGGUGAACAGGGAGUACAGGAGGGGACUGAGCACACACCCCUGAGGGGCCCCCGUGUUGAGGAUUAGCGUGUUGUUACCUACCCUUACCACCUGGGGGUGGCCGUCAGGAAGUCCAGGAUCCAGUUGCAGAGGGAGGUGUUUAGUCCCAGGGUCCUUAGCUUAGUGAUGAGCUUUGAGGGCACAAUGGUGUUGAACGCUGAGCUGUAGUCAAUGAAUAGCAUUCUCAUGUAGGUGUUCCUCUUGUCCAGGUGGGAAAGGGCAGUGUGGAGUGCAAUAGAGAUUGCAUCAUCUGUGGAUCUGUUGGGGCAGUAUGUAAAUUGGAGUGGGUCUAGGGUUUCUGGGAUAAUGGUGUUGAAGUGAGCCAUGACCAGCCUUUCAAAGCACUUCAUGGCUACAGACUUGAGUGCUACGGGUCGGUGGAAUAGACACCGGCUGGAAUGCGGUUUUAACCAAUCAGCAUUCAGGAUUAGACCCACCUGUUGUAUAAUUACAUGUAGAAGCCAAAACAUGUGCUUCUACCAACACUGUAGCUGCAAUGAAUGAGUAUCAAAGUGUAUCGAAAGGCUUACAACAACUGAUCUAUUACCGUGUGAUCAUACCUUAAGUUUUGAAAUAUAAUUUUAAAAUGGUCUGAGAAGAAUAACAUUGGCAGGGCAUUGGCGGUGAUAAUGCAUUUGGCCUAUAGCCAACUGCACAAACCUCAUUGCUACAUAACUGUUUUUAAUAGGUUAAUGUUGCAUAGGCUUAUGUUUUUAUAAGUCAUGUAAAAAAAGAAAUCUGAGCAGUAGAUCUUGGCUUGCAUUUUGACUCAGAAAAAGUUAGUGACCACUGCAAUAAAGGAAUGAAUGACUGAUCUCUUGAUAUUCUUGAAGCGACAAUGCUACAUUUUUCAAUGUAAUGCAUCUCGAUAGGAAAACGUUGCUUUUACAAAAGGUAGAAACCUAAUAUUCCACCAAUUACUUUGUCAUUUCAGUGACAGGUGUUUGUUUCAAAAUUGUAGCCUUUUAAACAAUGUCUUUCCAGGGUUAUUAGUUUCUAGUGCACAGCAUGUGCUUAAAAAGUAGCUAGAAUUCAUAUAGGCCCAAUAUAGACUUGAUCUCAAUCAAUUAAAAAAGUCAGCUUUUCUGGUGCUCCUAGAUUUUAUGUUGUGCUCCUACAUUUUUUUUUUGGAGCCCUGUUGCCACCUGGCCACAGGGUCAUAUAGCCACGUGUUACGUUGACAUUUCUCUGGGGUUAAUUAACGUGGCUUUGGGCAGACCCUAUUGAUCAGAACCCUAGUUGUUUUAUGGCCCCUUCUAAAAGCUGCUGCUUCCAGAGGAGCUGUGAAACCAACAGAGGCCUUCCAGCAAGGCGAGGACGGCCCAAAUGAGUUUAACUGAUUUUAUCAGCAAAUCAGAAACAUUCCCUGAGAGGGAGGGGAUUUGUUUACGGAGAUGGGCUUGACUGAGGCUGAUGGCCCUUGGUUGGGAGUGGGAGGAAGUUUUUAACCAGGUAAGCCAGUUGAGAACAAGUUCUCAUUUACAACUGCGACCUGGCCAAGAUAAAGUAAAGCAGUGCGAUAAAAAACAACAACACAGAGUUACAUAUGGGGUAAACAAAACAGAAAGUCAAAAAUACAACAGAAAAUACAGUGGGGGAAAAAAGUAUUUAGUCAGCCACCAAUUGUGCAAGUUCUCCCACUUAAAAAGAUGAGAGAGGCCUGUAAUUUUCAUCAUAGGUACACGUCAACUAUGAUAGACAAAUUGAGAGAAAAUAAUCCAGAAAAUUACAUUGUAGGAUUUUUAAUGAAUUUAUUUGCAAAUUAUGGUGGAAAAUAAGUAUUUGGUCACCUACAAACAAGCAAGAUUUCUGGCUCUCACAGACCUGUAACUUCUUCUUUAAGAGGCUCCUCUGUCCUCCACUCGUUACCUGUAUUAAUGGCACCUGUUUGAACUUGUUAUCAGUAUAAAAGACACCUGUCCACAACCUCAAACAGUCACACUCCAAACUCCACUAUGGCCAAGACCAAAGAGCUGUCAAAGGACACCAGAAACAAAAUUAUAGACCUGCACCAGGCUGGGAAGACUGAAUCUGCAAUAGGUAAGCAGCUUGGUUUGAAGAAAUCAACUGUGGGAGCAAUUAUUAGGAAAUGGAAGACAUACAAGACCACUGAUAAUCUCCCUCGAUCUGGGGUUCCACGCAAGAUCUCACCCCGUGGGGUCAAAAUGAUCACAAGAACGGUGUGCAAAAAUCCCAGAACCACACGGGGGGACCUAGUGAAUGACCUGCAGAGAGCUGGGACCAAAGUAACAAAGCCUACCAUCAGUAACACACUACGCCGCCAGGGACUCAAAUCCUGCAGUGCCAGACGUGUCCCCCUGCUUAAGCCAGUACAUGUCCAGGCCCGUCUGAAGUUUGCUAGAGUGCAUUUGGAUAAUCCAGAAGAGGAUUGGGAGAAUGUCAUAUGGUCAGAUGAAACCAAAAUAUAACUUUUUGGUAAAAACUCAACUCGUUGUGUUUGGAGGACAAAGAAUGCUGAGUUGCAUCCAAAGUGAAAACCUCCUUCCAUCAGCAAGGGCAUUGAAGAUGAAACGUGGCUGGGUCUUUCAGCAUGACAAUGAUCCCAAACACACCGCCCGGGCAACGAAGGAGUGGCUUCGUAAAAAGCAUUUCAAGGUCCUGGAGUGGCCUAGCCAGUCUCCAGAUCUCAACCCCAUAGAAAAUCUUUGGAGGGAGUUGAAAAUCUGUGUUGCCCAGCGACAGCCCCAAAACAUCACUGCUCUAGAGGAGCUCUGCAUGGAGGAAUGGGCCAAAAUACCAGCAACAGUGUGUGAAAACCUUGUGAAGACUUACAGAAAACGUUUGACCUGUGUCAUUGCCACCAAAGGGUAUAUAACAAAGGAUUGAGAAACUUUUGUUAUUGACCAAAUACUUAUUUUCCACCAUAAUUUGCAAAUAAAUUCAUUAAAAAUCCUACAAUGUGAUUUUCUGGAGAAAAAAAAUCAUUUUGUCUGUCAUAGUUGACGUGUACCUAUGAUGAAACUUACAGGCCUCUCUCAUCUUUUUUAAGUGGGAGAACAUGCACAAUUGGUGGCUGACUAAAUACUUUUUCCCCCCACUGUAUAUAUACAGUGUGUGCGAAUGUAGUAAAUUAUGGAGAUAAGGCAAUAAAUAGGCCAUAGUGCAAAAUAGUUACAAUUUCGUAUUAACACUGGAAUGAUAGAUUAUGCUAACAUUUUGUGACGUUUUUGUUAGGUUUGGAGUUCUGUGUUUAUUUGGGGGGGUGUUCGGGCACCAUUUUAUUUCUAGAGGCAAGCCGAAGUUCAGAGCCAAAGUCAACACCCCUUCGUCAGUGAUUGGUCAACAGUAGGGAUUCUUCAAUAAUGUCUUUGUUGUCAGUCAAUGAGAGACGACUCGUUUUCAUGCACAUUUUUUCAUGUAGAAAAACUGCACCAAACAUCUUAGUUAGAUGUAAAAUUGCGCGACUAAGAUCUCCUCUGCAAAAAACUCAAAAUGAAUGACAGAUUUCUUGAGUUAUUUUAGAUUAAUUCUGGCUACGGCAUCUAAAAAUGGACAAAACGUACUAUUGCCACUUUUUUCUCAUUUUUCAAGCGAAUGUCUUUUCAGGGAAUAUGCGAGUACACUUGUUCGGUUCGGCUAGCCUUUAGGGACUUUGGAGAAGGGACCUUACCCCUCCCUCGUAGCUAGUUGAUAUAGUGGGGAGGAUCAGUUCUUAUCACAACAGAGAGCAAAAAAUACUGUCCCACCACAAUACAGCCCCCCUCCCCCUCCCAUGGUUGUUUUUCUCCACUGAAGACCAAAGCCAGGUGACCUAAUUCACUGACGUGCACAGUGCCGAGAACCAAACAAAGCGUAGGGGCCCGGGGAAAAGCAGAGGAUCAGAAAGAAGGGGGUAAGCACAGGUGGAGGCAUGUUGUUGCUUGUCCCUGUCGACCUACCUCUGGAGAUACGUUUGAAAACUAACUGCCGUCAAAUAGAGGGUUUGGCCUCAAUCUUCAAACGUUAGUCAUUCAUGAGUAUCACUUAUCUCUGACUGCAGACUCUAUAACCCUGAUUGAAAGGGUCCUCCUGUGAAAAUCUAUGUUAUGAAGCUGUGGUGUGGGACUGUGGGGGUGGUUGGUAACCGACAGACUGUCACUGUUUGUCUUUUCUACUGUAUGUGUGAAUUUACACUUCUUCUCUCCUUCCCACCAACAGAAAGAUGUGAGGGCUGACCCUGAAGCUGUCCAGCAAGUGGCCGAGGCUAUAGACAAACUUCUGGAGAGCCUGGGGUCCCUGGCCGUUGAGGUGGGCAUCACUCUCAUCACAACACUAAACACAUUUCUGAACUAAAAAGGUUUCUGCUGCUGCUGCCUCAUUUCCUGGAAGGCUAUCACAUGCAUUGAAAAUAGUCUUACAUUUGGUAAUUGCGGUUGUUGAGGUUAACCUCAUCAUUUAGAAGCAUUAUCAGUUGUUCGAUGUGUCACCAGAUGGAGAUCCACAGAAUAAGGCCACUCUUAGCCAAGUGCAUUUCCUGGUAUUUUGUCCAUGUUUAGUUUUAUGUCGAUCAUAAUGAGCUCCCCUACCUGGGAUCAGCAGCGAAGCAGGUUACUCUUGGCAGGGCCACAGACAGAACAGGUCCUUAGAUGUACAGGAUGAAAACAUCAAUGGAGUUUUUUUAUCCCAUCAUUACAAGAUGGCCGCCAACAGACCCCCCUCCCCCCCGACCUAAUUUCCCCUUACUGUACUUCUUGCAUCUGGUCUUCUUUUCUUUGAAGUUUCACAGCAGAAGAAGAGGCUGGACUAAACCUGUAUGUAGCGUUUUGCUGCCCCCUUCAACUCCCUGCUGUUUGUUGCCUGAUAACCUUCUGACCCAAUUUGUUUGGAAUCGUCCCCUAGACGUUUGAGCCACAGCUAAAUGUCAAGGACAACUGUUUACCAAUGUUCUAAUGUGAUGAUAAUCACAGUUUUCUCAUGUGAAAAGAUAUACGAAUAGAAUGGGAUGGAGGCACUAAACCUAUUUCUAUGAAGUCAAGUACUAUAGGUCUGACACAUUUAUAUGUUUCAGUUUGAACAGGAGAAUCUCUCUAUUCUUGCUGUGUUCUUGCUAUAGUUAUACUAUCCUCCACAGCAGUAGAAAAGGGCCCUUGUAAGUGACUUGGCAGUAACUGUAUAGGUAUCCAGUGUCUCUGAGUCCAGAUUGAAAGGCUCCUUUUUCCUCGGGAGAUAGAUGACUGGGAACAGCUGAACAAGUUAGUGGGGUGGUCAGCAUUUACCAAAAGGAAAGUCUACUCAAGUUGACUGAUUUACACCACGAGGUGAAUGCAUGCCCCUAUGACAACAAACAAGAGGCUUUAAGACUUGCUCGACCUUACCCAAGUAUGUUGGCUGUGUUUUCUCAACCAAUCAGUGCUCUGUUGAAUACUUUGGGGCAAUUCCACUGUAACAGUAUGAUGCUAAGACUCAGAUUUGUGUUGCUUUAAAAUGUAUGUCAAACAAAAAACUAUGAUUGCAAAGUUAAACAAACCAUACAACGAUGCACAACGACGACUUUUAAAUGUUUUACAAAAACACAUUUACUUAAAGAACAGUGCAGACGCAAAGUUUGGUAACAGAAUGACGGCACAAACAGCACAAAUGUCUCGAUUCUCUAAAGCAGAACCCAGAAGCAGACCAGGACAAGGUGAAUAGAACGAAAGUGAGUAUUUAUUUACAGAUUCAAAUGUAGAAGCAGAAUAAUCCAGGAGACGGAGCGGGCAGCGGAGGUGAGUUGGUGGGAGUGAAUAGGCAGAUCCAAUGAUGGCACAGAAGCCACCAACGACCAGGCAGGGGUGGGGUGAAUGUUCCGGGAGAAUGACCGUAGACAGAGUAAACUAAAGUAAGUACACGGCAAGCAAAAAGUACAAAACAACAAAACUAACUCUAGUAAACUUGAGGCUGAUACGCUGACACAACAUACUGUUCAUGGCUAACGAUCCGGCAGGGAAUGGAUGUCAGGUCAGAGCUUAUGAAGUGGUGAUAAUCAGGACCAGGUGUGCAGAUAGCUGAUGAGAUGCAGAUGCGGGUAAUCGAGAGAUCUCCCGCCUAGCUUCGUCGCCCGGCAACCAGACAGGGUGCGUUCAGGAACCUUCAGGAAACAGACUCCAAGACAGAAAACAGGCAACUCAGGCAGAAACAGACUCAGGAAGCGGGAUUCAUGACAACAAACCAUCAUUCUGUUACCAAACUUUGCAUCUGCAAUGUUCUUCAAAUGUGUUUUUGUAAAAUGUUCAGUCUCAGCAUCAUUCUGUUACCAUAGAAUUGCCCUUUGCUUACAACAAUAAAAUAAAAUCAUUCAAAUCAAUAAGAAUAACCCCUAUAAGUAUACAUUUAUUAUUAUGUCCGAAAACACGUACAGAUGUAGGAUCUUAAUUUUAGCCAGUUUGCUACAGCAGGAACAUAAUCCUGCAGCAAUAAGAAAUGUGAAUUAUUAUGUGGAUUAUAAUUAAUGGACAUUUUUGUAGGGGCUGAUACAUUUUUCGUGAGUGCAAAUCAAGUCAGAAAUGUCAAAGUGGAAAUUGCAAACUAUAGAUGCCUUUUUAGAACUCAAAUACAGUACACGUUUGCAUUUCCUGCUGUGCAUGAACAUUCUCAGCAACAAAAGAGUGAUCAAAUUAAGACCUUACAUCUGUAUGUUGCACCUGCAUACCCAUGUCAUAAGCUAUGUAUGAAUGUUUAUGUAGUGUUUAUGAAUGCUCUUAACUAAACUACAGUAUGGUGUACAGUCUUUAGGGCAAUUACACUUAAGAGUUACUGAAACAACCCCAGCACUCUGUAAACACAAACUUUGUUGUUCUUUGUUCCCUGCUAAGCCCAACAAUGUAUCUGAAGAUGUCAAGAAACUCAGAGUUACUAUAUAUGACUUGUCCUGGUUUGGCACAUUACCCUGGGGUUAUGUAUGGGGUAUGGACCCUCCUACCCCAACCAACCCCCCACAGACAUCUUUAGAGGGGUCCAGAGCUGCUGUCAUGUGGUUCUGACUGUUUGUGUGAGAGUUCAGUGUGUACAGCUGUUUCCCCCGCAUCUCUCGCGUACACACACACACACACACACUCCGUUCCCGAUGCGCUGCCCGGGCUAAAUUGGAAGCAUGUGACUGCCUUCUUGCUGAUGUGUCCGUCUGUACGGAGAGGAGGGAAGGGGAGGGGCUGACUGGCAUGUAUGUAACCACAUUGUCAAAUAGGCUCUGGGAGAGUCGCCAGUCGCCGGGAACACCUCUCUUCCCCUCCGCCCCAGUGAUGAAUGACCGAGAGUCAUCUUUUCCCUCUAGCACUUAUUUGGUUCCCUCAUGCUGGGUGAGGAUACCAGCGUUAGAGAGAGAGAAUAAUUAGGGUAGAAAUAGAGAGUGAGGUCUGUUGUUGUGUUUUCAAUGCUCCUAGUCUGCUCAGAGUCUCUCCCUUUUUAUAAUCCGGUAUCAAGAUCAAAUUGUGACCAGAAAUGCAAGGCAGCAAAAUCGGGUUGUUGUAAAAUGCUCUGGUCAGCCGAACUAAGAACCAAGGUAGCCAAUAGCAUAAUAGAUCAAUAAAGCAUUAAUACACGAGGGGGUGUGAUUUAUGGUGGUUUUAGCAUGGCUGUGCUGAGGUAGAAGGUGAAGCCUAAAGUAUCAAUCUAUCCACACACGGAAGUAAUUCCAUCACACUGACAAGUUGCCUCAUAACAAUAUGUAUCCAUCUCACCAUGUCAACAAGCGGGUCUCGAAUCACAAUGAACUGCUCCAAGUCCAGGUCACAGUCCCACCUGCAUCCUACAAGAUGACCCCUCCUGACCCCAUUUGCUAACAUCACAACCCCUUGUGUCUCAAUUAGCUGGCCAGCAUGAAGAGUUGGAGCGACCUGCGUAACGAGAUCAUCUUCCUCACUGAGAACGCAACGUCCUCCCCCAGCCACAUGUACCAGGCCGUGUCACGCAUCGUCUGCGGCCACCCCGAGGGCGGCGGACUAAAGAUCAAGUCCCUCAACUGGUACGAGGACAGCAACUACAAGGCCCUGUUCGGCAACCACAACACAACCGACGGGGAGGAACCCAUCUCUGCCUACGACAACACAUCCAGUAAGCAACUUCUCCUUCAUGGUUAUCUAUUCCCUGAUUGCCAAACUGUUUCGAGGAUUGUUGUGACAUCCUGGUCUAGACCUGACGUCAUUGUUCCUUCUGUGACCCCUCCAGCUCCAUACUGCAACGCAAUGAUGAGGAACAUGGAGUCCAGCCCCGUGUCCAGGAUGAUCUGGCAGGCCCUGAAGCCUCUGCUCAUGGGCAAGAUCCUGUACACCCCCGACACUCCCCGCCACACAGAAGAUCAUCCACGAGGUGUGUAUCAGUCAUACUAUACAACUUAGCUACAGGAUAUUGCUCCAUUUCAUCCAGAGUUCAUUUCUGUGUUAAGAGGUAGUUUUGCUUUAGCUUGUCUUAAGCAAAACACUAACUGUCCUGCUCUCGUCCUCUCCUGCAGGUGAACAGAACGUUCCAGGAGCUGGGGGUCCUCAGAGAGCUGGGGGGCAUGUGGGAAGAGGUGAGGCCCAAGGCCUGGACCUUCAUGGAGAGCAGCGAACAGAUGGACCUAGUAAGGGUAUGUCUGACUAAUCUGUUGUCUCUACUACAGCCAACAUCACUCUUACACUGAGUGUACAAAACAUUAGAAACACCUGCUCUUUCCAUGACAUAGACUGACCAGGUGAAUCCAGGUAAAAGCUAUGAUCCCUUAUUGAUGUCACUUGUUAAAUCCACUUAAAUCAGUGUAGAUGAAGGGGAGGAGACAGGUUAAAGAAGGAUUUGUAAGCCUUGAGACAACCAUAAAGCAGGUGAAUGGGCAAGACCAGGGGUGUCAAACUCAUUCAAUGGAGGGCCUAGUGUUAAGACCUAGACAACCAGGUGAGGGGAGUUCUUUACUAAUUAGUGACAUUAAUUCAUCAAUCAAGUACAAGGGAGGAGCGAAAACCCGCAGACGAAUUGAGGCUGUUUUGAGGGGGGGGGUGCAACUCAAUAUUAGGAAGGUGUUCCUAAUGUUUGGUAUACUAUAUUGGCCUCAUUGUGAAAUCCCUGAGCGGUUUCCUUCCUCUUCGGUAACUGAGUUAGGAAGUGACUGGGUUUAUUGGUACACCAUCAAUGUCUGCUUUUUUAUUUUUACCCAGUUACCAAUAGGCACCCUUCUUUGCGAGGCAUUGGAAAACCUCCCUGGUCUUUGUGGUUGAAUCUGUUUUUGAAAUUCACUGCUCGACUGAGGGACCUUAUAGAUAAUUGUAUGUGUUGGGUACAGAGAUGAGGUAGUCAUUCAAAAAUCAUGUUAAACACUAUUAUUGGACACAGAGUGAGUCCAUGCAACUUAUUAUGUGAUUUGUUUAUUUAGGCUUGCCAUAACAAUGGGGUUGAAUACUUAUUGACAAACAUUUCUAAAAACAUAAUUCCACUUUGAAAUUAUGGGGUAUUGUGUGUAGGCCAUUAACACAAAAUCUCAAUUUAAUCUAUUUUAAAUUCAGGCUGUAACACAACAAAAUGUGGAAAAAGUCAAGUGGUGUGAAUACUUUCUGAAGACACUCUAUGUUACCCUUGUAGAGCACCGUCGUAGAAUACCCUUAAUAUUUUAUUUAAAGUUUUGAAAAUAUUUUGGCUUAUAGAAUGGCAUCAGUACAGAGUAACUCAGAGACACACCCAGGACAUGACAUAGUAACAUAGCAAAACAAGAAGAUACAUGAUUAUAAGUAAGAUGGUGGUAAGCAGCUCUUUCAGAUGGUCAACACUGGCAUCUUGUGGAGGGAUGUGGGACGGUGCCACAAAGUCCUCAGCCACUCACAGCUACUUUCCUGCUCUUCCCCCCUCUCUCCCAGACCCUACUGAAGAACAAUGGCACCGCCAGCUUCUUCACCACCCAACUGGCGGGCACCGAGUUGACCGUGGAGGACGUGUCCAACUUCCUGACCAAACAUUCAGAGGACACGCGUCCCCACGGCACCGCCUUCACCUGGAGGGAAGUCUUCAACGAGACGGACCAGGCCAUCAUGAGCAUAUCCCGCUUCAUGGAGGUCAGUGUCUCUCUUUCUUUGUCUGGCUGUCUGUCUGUCCGUCCGGCUGUCUGUUCGUUUGUCUCUGUCUGUCUGGAUCUCUUAGUCACUUUCUCAGCCCCAGUAAUAAAAAAUCCCUUUCUGGUGAAGUCACUAUUCAGCACCUUCUGCAAUACAUACUAAUUGCAUCUGAGGAAACAGUAGUCAGUGUGGCAGCCAUUUUACUUUGUCCCAACCUCUUCCACUGUAUGAUGGGAAAUGACAAAGAAAAACACAGUUCGACCAGUUAGCUAUGAACCUGACGAACUUUCCAUUUAAAGCCUCCCCAUCCCUCCUUUCAGCAUGUGAAUGGAUCUACUUCAAUGGAAAACAUUUACAUUUAAGUCAUUUAGCAGACGCUCUUAUCCAGAGCAACUUACAGUUAGUGAGUGCAUACAUUAUUUUUUAUACUGGCCCCCCGUGGGAAUCAAACCCACAACCCUGGCGUUGCAAACACCAUGCUCUACCAACUGAGCUACAUACCUGCCGGCCAUUCCCUCCCCUACCCUGGACGACGCUGGGCCAAUUGUGCGCCACCCCAUGGGUCUCCCGGUCGUGGCCGGCUACGACAGAGCCUGGAUUCGAACCAGGAUCUCUGCGAUGCAGUGCCUUAGACCACUGCGCCACUCGGGAGGCACACUCAGUAGUCCUUGCCAAGACCAGAUGAGGAUAGGCCUUUAACGGAUGUGUUUGUUUGUUUACAGUGUGUAAACCUGGAUAAGAUGGAGCCCGUGGCCAAUGAGGAAAGGAUGGUCAACAAAUCCAUGGCACUCCUGGACGAUAGGAAGUUCUGGGCAGGGAUCGUGUUUCCCAACUUUGAGGCCAACAGCUCUGAACUGCCGGCCAUUGUCAACUACAAGAUCCGUAUGGACAUUGAUAAUGUGGAGCGCACCAACAAGAUCAAAGACGGGUAUGUUGAUUCAAAGCUCCCCAAUCUACCUACUAGAUGUAUUGGACAGUGUUUUAUGUCUGUGCCAUUGGGGCCAUUUUGAACAUUAACUUUAAACUUUAUGUUUUGUUGGUUAAAGAAGAAUUGGAUGUGAACCUUGUAAGAGGUUUACAGAAGGGGAGUUUGAGCAUUGCUUUUGCUCUCUCAUUACAGAUAUUGGGACCCCGGUCCUCGUGCCGACCCCUUUGAGGACCUGCGCUACAUCUGGGGCGGCUUCUCUUACCUCCAGGACAUCAUCGAGCACAGCAUCAUCACAGUAGUGACUGGCGCCAAGGAGAAGACGGGAGUCUACAUCCAACAGAUGCCCUACCCCUGCUAUGUGGACGACAUGUGAGUCACACCAAGCAGGAUUUUACCUUAUUCACCGCCUUUAGACCUGGAAUCUGUCUUGAAUGGCAGCAUACCACAAGCUUAACUGCAAGGCUUCAAAAUGGCUUCCAUUUCCUCCUUUGACCUCUGACCUCUGUCCUCCAGCUUCCUGCGGGUGAUGAGUCGCUCUAUGCCCCUCUUCAUGACCCUGGCCUGGAUGUACUCUGUGGCCAUCAUCAUCAAGAGUGUGGUUUACGAGAAGGAGGCGAGGCUCAAGGAGACCAUGAGGAUCAUGGGAUUGGACAACGGCAUCCUGUGGUUCAGCUGGUUCAUCAGCAGCCUCAUCCCCCUGCUUAUUUCCGCCAGUCUGCUGGUGGUGCUGCUCAAGGUACUGCAUACCAGGAUUUAGCAUGAAGACAAUGUUUUGCAUUGCGCUAUUUCACUGAUAUCAGUAUUGCAAUGUUUCAGUGAUAUCGGUAUCGCGAUAAUAGCUUUUAUUGAUAUUUCAUGUUGACGUGGGCCUUGACUCGAUCAGACAGUGAAUUUUAUAUCACGAUAAUUGUAUCAUGUUCAUCCCAACUAUUAACUAACCAUUGAGCAUCCUCUUCUCUCUCUCCUACUAUCAGAUGGGGAACUUGCUGCCAUACAGUGACCCCGGUGUCAUCUUCCUGUUCCUGGGUUCCUUCGCCGUGGUAACCAUCAUGCAGUGCUUCCUCAUCAGCACCAUGUUUGCCCGUGCCAACCUGGCGGCGGCCUGUGGGGGUAUCAUCUAUUUCACCCUCUACCUGCCCUAUGUCCUCUGUGUGGCCUGGCAGGACUAUGUGGGCUUUGGGGCAAAAAUAGUCGCUGUGAGUCACGCUUUUAUAUGUAGUAGAUAUUUUGAGUUGGUGGUUGUCCACGUUACAUUUUAUAAGAGGAGCUGCUGUCAUUGCUCCUGUAAGUCGCUCUGGAUAAGAGCGUCUGCUAAAUGACUAAAAUGUAAAUGUAAAUGUAAUUAAGAAGUACAGUGUCACUACAAAUAGGGCAGCGUUUUCUUCGAGACACGUUUGGAAUUUGACUGUCUCUUUUGACACAUCACUGACUUUGUCGGCUAAUGGUUACCUCCUCAGGCUCAGCAUCUUAUUGGCAUUGGUGUUGUAUGUGAUAUUAAACCCCUCUCUCUCCUUCUCUCGCUCUCUCUGUACAGAGCCUGCUGUCCCCAGUGGCCUUUGGCUUUGGCUGUGAGUACUUUGCCCUGUUCGAAGAGCAGGGCAUCGGCAUCCAGUGGAACAACCUGUUCAACAGCCCCAUGGAGGAGGACGACUUCAGCCUGACCACCGCCAUCAUCAUGAUGUACUUCGACUCCUUCCUCUACAUGGUGAUGACCUGGUACAUCGAGUCCGUCUUCCCCGGUAGGUGUCCGUGAACUGAACUAUUCCACUAUAGUGGAUUUGUUUGGGUCCCAAUUUGAUAGGCUUUAUGUUGAGGCCAUUUGCAUUGUAUUGCAUUGUUUUGUUGUUUGGGUUGUCUAAAUGUAUGUGUUUGUUGUGGUCUCCUUCAGGUCAGUAUGGUAUUCCCAGGCCCUGGUGCUUCCUCUUCUCCAAGUCCUACUGGUUUGGAGAAGGAGACAACAGGAAGACUGACUUCAGUCAGAACAAGAGAAGGAACUGUGAAGGUAAAAACCAGAUUUAACGCUGAUGCAGAGCAACUGAGUAUCCACAGGGUGGUGAUAUAGAUCUGGCAAAAAUGUGUUGCCAGAGAAUGGUUGUGAGAGCAAAUUAAUUGGAGUAGUUGUGUGUGUUUUCAAGCAAAGGAAAAUGGGAUGGUCAUUGUACCCCAUUUGAUGGACAUGAUGUUGUGUUGUGUCUUCAGCUGUCUGUAUAGAGGAAGAGCCAGCCCACCUGAAACCUGGCGUCUUCAUAGAGAACCUAGUCAAGGUGUACCCGCACGGGAAGAAGCUGGCUGUGGACGGGCUGACUCUGGGCUUCUACGAGGGACAGAUCACCUCUUUCUUGGGCCACAACGGAGCAGGGAAAACCACCACCAUGUAAGUGCAAUAACGUGCAAGUAGUAACAUCUGAACAAAAGCCCAUACAUGUAUAACUGAGUUGAAUGUGACGUUGAUACAAUUUUAAUGGAGUAAUCUAAUAUUUGCAUCUUUGUCUUAUCCAGGUCGAUUCUAACGGGACUGUUUCCCCCUACCUCUGGCACUGCUUACAUCAUGGGCAAAGACAUCCGAUCGGAGCUGAGUGCUAUUCGACAGAGUCUGGGUGUUUGUCCACAGCACAACGUUCUCUUCAGCAUGUAAGUGUUCCCAAUCCAUCAUAUUAACAACCAGUUUUUACAGAAAGUUAAUUCUAAUGACCAAAAUAAUUUAAGUAAAUAGUUACAUUGUUUUCUUAUGAGCGGUUGUUGUGUGGUCGUUUUGGGGUUUGACCAGGCUGACUGUCGAGGAGCACAUCUGGUUCUACGCUCGUCUGAAGGGUCUAUCUGAGGAACAGGUGAAGUCUGAGAUCGAACAGAUCCUGAUAGACACUGGCCUGCCACACAAACGCACUUCUAGGACCAGCACACUUUCUGGAGGGAUGCAGAGGAAGCUCUCUGUGGCUCUAGCCUUCGUCGGGGGGUCAAAGGUUGUGAUUUUGGACGAGCCCACCGCUGGGGUCGACCCUUAUGCCCGCAGGGGCAUCUGGGACCUCCUGCUCCAAUAUCGUCAAGGUAACCACUAACUCCUUAACUAUUUUUAUAAUCUAUGUUUAAGAAACUACUGACAAAAUGAAACCAUUUAGCUGUGGGGGGAGUUCUGUGUAAUAACUGACUGUUUCCCUCCCCCUCUCUAGGUCGUACCAUCAUCCUCUCCACCCACCACAUGGAUGAGGCGGACAUAUUGGGCGACCGCAUCGCCAUCAUCUCCCAUGGCAAGCUGUGCUGUGUGGGCUCCUCCCUCUUCCUGAAGAACCAGCUGGGUACAGGCUACUAUCUGACCCUGGUCAAGAAGGGCCCAGAACCUUCCCUCAGCUCCUUCCACAACUCCUCCAGCACCGUCUCCUUCACUAAGAAGGAGGAGGAUUGUCCCUCUGAGAGCAGCUCUGACGCAGGCCUUGGCAGCGAACACGAGAGCGAAGCGGCCACCAUCGGUAAGCAUUUGACACAUCAUAUGACAAAAAAAUUGGCCAUUGCAAUACAGCACAUGGUAUGUUGUCAUAUGAAUGACCUUUGUUUAUGACACUCAACCUUUGUGCAACCCAUAGAAACUGCCCAGGCUGCAUCCAUCUGUGAAAGUGCCUUCGUGCCCCCCGACGUCUCCCUGAUCUCUAGCCUGAUCUUCAAGCAUGUCCCAGCCGCCCGCAUGGUAGAAGACCUGGGCCACGAGCUCACCUACGUACUGCCCUACGGCGCCGCCAAGGACGGAGCCUUCGUGGAGCUCUUCAAGGACAUGGACAACCGCCUCCCCGACCUAGGCAUCUCCAGCUACGGUGUCUCCGACACCACCCUGGAAGAGGUACGGCUGGAAUUGAUCGUUGAAUAGAUAAUGUGUUGGAUUUAUAUAGUGUGCUUUUCGUGAAAGGGCUUAACAUUUCAUAGGGGAAUAGUGUGAUUGAUUCCUUUCUUUUAUCUCAUUAUGUAGAUUUUCCUGAAAGUGGCAGAGGACAAUGGAGUUGACACUGAAGUCCCCUCUGAUGGUACUCUCCCUAUGCCCAGACGUCGUAGACAUCAUGCCUUUGGUGGAGGAAAUGCCUUCGGUGGAGACCACCAGAGCUGCCUUAGACCCCAGAUAGACGACGACAACAAUGAACAUAACGACUCGGACGCAGACCCAGAAUCCAGAGAGAUAGACUUCCUGAACGGCUCGGACGGUAAAGGCUCCUACCAGGUGAAAGGCUGGAGUCUGAAGAGGCAGCAGUUUGUCGCCUUGAUAUGGAAGAGGUUCCUGUACGCUCAACGCUCCAGAAAAGGUUUCUUUGCUCAGAUUGUGCUCCCUGCAGUGUUCGUUUGCGUCGCCCUGGUCUUCAGUCUCAUCGUCCCGCCCUUUGGAAAGUACCCCAGUCUGGAGCUGCAGCCGUGGAUGUAUGAAGAACAGUCCCUCUUCAUCAGUGAUGACGCCCCUGAAGAUGCCAGCACACAACGGUUAUUGAGUGCCCUCACCGAAGGCCCUGGGUUUGGAACGCGUUGCAUGGAAGGACAGCCUAUAACGUGAGUCUCAAUAUGCCAGCGUUGAAUAAAAUAGCUAUUUGUUAGUUUCCAUUUGCACCAUUUCUCCUGUCUUUAAGUAAAUAAACAUGACGGAUAGGGCAUAUUUUCAAUGUUCUUUUGGAGAUAAGGACUCUCAAUCUCUCUCUCCCUCCUCCCUCUCUCUCAGUGACACUACCUGUACGAUGGGUGAUGAGGACUGGUCCACACCGGAGGUCCCGGAGACCCUUCUGGAACUGUUCCGCAUGGGCAACUGGACCAUGGAGGAGCCGUCCCCCACAUGCACCUGCAGCUGUGACGGCCGCAAAAAAAUGCUCCCUGAGUGUCCUACUGGAGCCGGAGGACUGCCACCACCCCAGAUGAAGAUCAGCGAGACAGACACCCUGCAAAACCUGACCGGCAGAAACAUCUCUGACUACCUAGUGAAGACCUAUGCAGAGAUCAUUGGGAAAAGGUAUAACUUUCAUAUAUAGCAUAUAUUUGAUCCCUCUAAUAACAAUGUUAUGAUAUAGCAUGUACAAUAAUUGAGUUAUACAAGUAUUUUUGUCCAGCCUAAAUUGACAUUCAAUAAUAAUGCUUAAUUUGAUAUUUUCACAGUUUGAAGAACAAGAUCUGGGUGAAUGAAUUUAGGUACGGUGGCUUUUCAUUGGGCGCCAGGAGCACUCAGGUCCUCCCCCCAGCUGGCGAGGUUGAUGACGCUAUCGCUCGAGUGAGGAAGAUUUUCGAAUUGGAGAAGGUGAGACUUCCAUUCAUUCAUUCCCACAUUCACUAUACCUCGGUUCCUGCCACUGAACACAACAUCACUGCCACCAAUCUAAACCAUUGUUAUUCUUUGUUUUCAGGGUGCAGCCACAGACCGAUUCCUGGAGAGCUUGUCUAGCUUCAUCAAUGGUCUGGACACCAAGAACAAUGUCAAGAUUUGGUUCAACAACAAGGGGUGGCACAGCAUUGGAGCCUUUCUCAACGUGAUGAACAAUGGCAUCCUGCGCGCCAACCUGCCCCCUGGCCAGGACCCCAGCAAGUUUGGCAUCCGCACCUUCAACCACCCGCUCAACCUCACCAAGGAGCAGCUGUCCCAGGUGGCACUGUAUGUACCCACGCCACAGGCAUCUUGGAACAAUGACAUCACUGAAGUCACUUACCUAGUUCAUGUAAAUUACCUAGUAGAAUGUGGAAUUUGUAAAGUGUGCCCAGUAUAUUCUCCUUUCUGUGUCCACGGACCACCUAACUCCCCCUCUCUGUAGGAUGACCACCUCAGUGGACGUGCUGGUGUCCAUCUGCGUGAUCUUCGCCAUGUCCUUCGUCCCAGCCAGCUUCGUAGUCUUCCUCAUCCAUGAGAGAGUGAGCAAGGCCAAGCACAUGCAGUUCAUCAGCGGCGUGCAGCCCCUGCUCUACUGGACGAGCCAACUUCAUCUGGGAUAUGGUGAGAACGCAUAGUGUUACCCUUUCUAUGAGCUUAUAAUAUAAACUCCAACGCGAAAGGUACUGUUUACUUGAAUUUUAGUCAUGUCAGCACGAUGUAAAAGCACUUUUUUUAGUUUUUCUUCCUCUCUCAGUCCACUCAAACUUUUCUUCUUUAUUUCCCAUGGGCUUCUCCUGAGUGCCCCCUAGUGGAUGGAAUACCACUGUAUUAAGCCCCUUACAAUAGCAUUUAGAAGCUUUUUUCUACGAGUGUUAAAGCGCUACAUGAACAUAAUUUGUUUUAUUGAUUGACUGCUAACCUUGUCAUCUCGUUUGUGUUGCAGUGUAACUACAUCGUCCCGGCGACGCUCGUCAUCAUCAUCUUCGUGUGCUUCCAACAAAAGGCCUACGUGUCGUCCACCAACCUGCCAGUGCUGGCUCUGCUGCUGCUCCUCUAUGGCUGGUCUAUCACUCCUCUGAUGUAUCCGGCAUCAUUCUUCUUUAAGAUCCCCAGCACGGCCUAUGUGGUGCUCACCUCCGUCAACAUCCUCAUCGGCAUCAACGGCAGCAUCUCCACCUUCGUCAUGGAGCUCUUCGGAAAUAACGUAAGUGACACCACACAUUGGCUACAUAACGUGGUAUGCUCAUCCUAACCUAAGGAAGCCAUAUUGUAAAAAAAUAAAUAAAGAAGAUAAUUUGUUAAUAAUCCACUUACCUGGUGACAUAAAGGGUUAAAUAUUCCUCCUCUUCAGGAGAUUGGAGGUAUCAAUGACAUCCUGAAGAACGUGUUGCUGAUCUUCCCUCACUUCUGUCUGGGCCGAGGCCUCAUCGACAUGGUGAAGAACCAGGCCAUGGCCGACGCUCUGGAGAGAUUCGGUAAGAACUGCAUUUCCCAUGACCCAUUUCUCUAUGCAAUUCAACGUAGAGGUGUCUUUUGAAACACACUCCGCCUGUACACAGGUGAGAACCGCUUCCGAUCCCCUCUGGAGUGGGACAUGGUGGGCAAGAACCUGUUUGCCAUGGCCGUGGAAGGAGUGGUCUUCUUCAUCAUCACUGUCCUCAUCCAGUACCGCUUCUGCAUCAAGCCCAUUAACCUGCACACCAAGCUCCCUCCGGUGGGCGAGGAGGACGAGGACGUGGCCAGAGAGAGGCAGAGGAUCGUCAACGGUCUGGGACACGGAGAUAUCCUGGAGCUCCGACAGCUCACCAAGGUCUACAAGAGGAAGCAGAAGCCGGCUGUAGACCGUCUGUGUGUGGGCAUCCCUCCUGGCGAGGUAAGAUUAGAUCAUUUAAUCUAGUAAAUACACAAUGCAAUGACAUGCAAUCUCUUUCAAUCUCCUUCUGUAUAUUUGAACACUGAUAUUAACUCUCUUUCUUAUCUCUCAGUGCUUUGGCCUCCUGGGUGUGAACGGAGCUGGAAAGACCACCACUUUCAAAAUGCUGACAGGAGACUCCAUAGUCACGAGUGGAGAGGCUUUCCUGGCUGGAAAAAGGUGAAGCAGCCAUUUUGUGCCAGAGAUCACACACUAGGUAUUACAGUAGAGAGGUUCAGCAGUGAGUCUAAAUGUGAGAUGAACUGACUUAUUUUGCUUUGGCAGUAUACUGCGGGAGAUAGACGAGGUGCACCAGAACAUGGGCUACUGCCCCCAGUUUGACGCCAUCAACGACCUGCUGACGGGAAGAGAGCACCUAGAGUUCUACGCCGUCCUGCGUGGCGUGCCCGAGAAGGAAGUAUGCGAUGUUGCUGAAUGGGGCAUCCGUAAGCUGGGCCUAGUAAAGUAUGUGGACAAGGCAGCAGGAAGCUACAGCGGAGGAAACAUGAGGAAACUCUCCACUGCCAUGGCCAUGAUAGGAGGACCACCCGUUGUGUUCCUGGUACGCACUAUGUCCCAACACACACACACACACACACACAUACACACAAACACACAUACACACAAACAGAGACUUACAUAAACUGUAAACAUCAACACAUGGUGUAACUAACACAAGGGGAUCAGACCGGUUGCACCAGCUUCGCAGUGACCUCAAUGUGAAAUAUCAAGUGACCUCUAAAUCAGAUGACUGGUGUUUAAUUGUUCUCCCGGUGGGGAUUGCAGCUGCAAGGGUUGUGUAACGAGGGUUAGAUUACAAUUCUCCCGCUGGCACGCCACAGUCCUCUCAAAGGGUUCCUGGAAAAUUGUAUGCUUUUGUUUUGCUCCUAUUGGGCUGCAGAGAGAUCAGCUGUUGAUGUUGUUUCAAACUGAGAGAGGGAUAAAUGGAGGAGGCAGAGACAGAACCAGAGCGAUAGACAUCGAGAGAAAAGGGAGGGAGAAAGAAACCAAGAGAGAAAGCAAGUGCUUAGCAUUUGUCAUCGCAUAAUUCAGCACUAGGAGGACCAUGAUGCCUUGCUUCCCCCUGCUGCUGGUCUUCUCUGUGUGUUUCCUGCUCAACCUGUGGGCCAACCUCAACCUGGCUGUGCUCUUUGUGACAGGACGAGCCCACCACUGGGAUGGACCCCAAAGCACGCAGGGCCUUAUGGAACUGCAUCCACAGCGUCAUCAAGGAGGGACGCUCCGUGGUGCUCACCUCACACAGGUAACCAGAAACACCUUAACACCUCAGCCAUGCUAGGCUAAAAGCUAACAUUUACAUUUUAGUCAUUUAGCAGACGCUCUUAUCCAGAGCGGCUUACAGUUAGUGAGUGCAUACAUUUUUCAUACUGGCCCCCCGUGGGAAUCGAACCCACAACCCUGGUGUUGCAAGCGCCAUGCUCUACCUUCUGAGCUACAGGAGGGCCAGUAUAGCUAACUGCUAUACUUUGAAAUGCAUGGUUGUUGUUGCUGUUGAUUGGUAUAGGCUGCGGUUAGGAAAACCUCAUUAGCACUAUGGAGCCCAGGGAUUGGCAACUUUGAUGGAGGUGGGGGCCACAAAAAUAUCUGGACUCAUCAGGAGGGGCCGCAGUUGCUUGCGUGUCUGCGUACCCACAUCUAUACCCUCCCCCCACACUGCGAGCAAAACAUUUUAGUGGCUCCCUCUCUUGACAUUUUUUCAUAGGGUGGAGAGAAAUGUAUGCAGUUUUUAAUAUGAUAUCUGAGUGAGACAGACUAACAAAAUCAAUGGGGGCCUCCCAGCUGGUUAUUCAAGUUUAGAUAGCUGGCAGUUAAACUAACUUAGCAAUCUAAAAGAUUUUAGCUGACAUGGGCUAAUUGAGUGACUAUCAGUGACUGACAUAACAAGAGAAAAACUGCAGAUGCACAACAACAUUUCUAAAUUGCACCUUGUGUAUCCUACUAUUCUAACCCUCAACAGUAAGUUGAGACCUCGACUGAGUUCCAAAAUUGAUACUGACAUAGUUCAACCUUUGCCGGGAUGUGGUUUCUAGUUCAGCAGUUCUUUUACACAGUAUCUAAUGUCUGUGUCUGCCAUUUUGUGUCUUCAGUAUGGAGGAAUGUGAGGCCCUGUGCACCAGAAUGGCCAUCAUGGUCAAUGGCAGGUUCCGCUGCUUGGGGAGCGUUCAGCAUCUAAAGAACAGGUAAGAUGACAAGUCCUUUCACUGGUUCAUAUAAAGCAAGCCAAUACCUACAAAGUUAUGACUUUCAAUAAGUUGGCACAAAUUAUAAAUUGAUUAUACAACGGGUGGGUCUAACCCUGAAUGCUAAUUGGUUAAAACCGCAUUCCAGCCAGUGUCUAUUCCACAAGUUACCACCGGCUAAAUCUAUGACGUUAAAAUACCUAUUUACUCUGUUCCAUCUGACUGCGCAAUCCACUGUCUCAUCAGCCCAGCCAAGCAAUUUAUAAACUUGAUCUCCACUAUAAAAAGCAUCUAGACAUUAUCGACUUCAUCUCGGGCCUAACAACACCCGUGCCGAUAUAUCCUCCAAACACCGGCUUCUCUGGCAUUCUCACUUAAUUAUAAUAUGCUCAUCUUGUUUUGUUUUUAUUUUCUCCUUCCUUCCCUCCAUCUCUCCAGGUUCGGAGACGGCUACACCAUCAUUCUGCGUGUGGCGGGGCCGGACCCUGACCUGCCGCCGGUGAUGAAGUUCAUUGAGAGUGAGCUGCCGGGCAGCACCCUGAAGGAGAAGCACAGGAACAUGCUGCAGUACCAGCUGUCCUCCUCUCUCACCUCCCUGGCACACAUCUUCAGCAUCCUGGCCAAGAACAAGAACCUGCUCCGGAUAGAGGACUACUCUGUGUCGCAGACCACACUGGACCAGGUAAGACGCCAUCCAUCACUGACUAAAGGCUUUGUGGUCAAAAUGUAUUUUCGUUGAAAAUGUCAUUACUUUUGGAUUACAGCACCAUGCAUUUGCACCUUUCUGUAUGUUCUUUGAUUAGUCGACUGGAUUGGAAUGUACAGUGAUGACAGCUGACUCUUUUGUCUCUUCUUUACCAGGUGUUUGUGAACUUUGCCAAGGACCAGAGUGACGAUUACCACUCAAAAGACAAUUCAGUAAAGCGCAAAGAGGCGGUGGUGGACAUUACCCCGCUCAGCUCGCGGCAGGCUGAAGAGAAGCUAGCCGAGGAGAGGCUAAAGGAGAGCUUGGUGUGAGAGGGACGGACACCAUCUUCCACCCACAACUGGAACCUAAACCCACAAACAGUGUUGGACUGAGUUUGCUUCUCUGUACUAUUACAGUAGUGUUUUAAUACUUGUUUUAAUUCUUCAGCCAGAGGUGUUGCCUUCGGAAGGGCCUGGCUGGAAAGCUCAAUGCAAGUCAAUGCAAAGUUUCCCACUCAUACUGAAGCGAGUUGGGGCCCAGGAGGGCCCCUCGCAA